AUGGAGUCAUACACGUUCUCAUUACUGUUUCUAGGCUUGUGUUUCUUCCUCCCUAAUUGUGUGAAGCCACAAUGCCAUGAAGAUGAGAGAAACGCCUUGUUGCAAUUCAAAGAGAGUGUUAUCAUAAAUAAGUCAGUUUCUGAGGAUCCUUUGGCCUAUCCAAAACUUUCAUCAUGGAAGCAAGAAACCGAUUGUUGCUCUUGGCAAGGAGUAGAGUGUAAUGAAAACACAGGUAAUGUCAUAGUAUUGAAUCUCAAUAGUAGUUUCCUUUAUGGCUCUAUCAACUCAACCAGCACUCUUUUCCAUUUCCCUUAUCUAGAGAAGCUUAACUUGGCUGAUAAUCACUUCAAUUACUCUCCAAUUCCAUCUGGGUUGGGUCGUUUCCCAAAGUUGACACAUCUCAAUCUCUCUUCCUCCUAUUUCACUGGACAAAUCCCAUCAGAAAUGUCCAAACUCACCAAUUUGUCAUCUCUUGAUCUUAGUUUUCUGAAUUUGUCCUCUACAGUACCUAGUUUUCUUGCCAACUUCUCAUCUCUAAGUUAUCUUCACUUAAGAAAUUGUGGAGUCUAUGGAGAAUUCCCAGAAAAAAUCUUCCAUCUUCCGAAACUCGAGUUUCUUGCACCUCUCCACAAUCAAAAUCUCAGUGGUAAAUUCCCUGAGUUUCGAUCAGGUAGUCCUCUUAAAACAAUAUGGUUUAGUCGUACUAGUUUCUCUGGUACUAUACCUUAUUCAAUAGGUAACCUUGUUUCAUUAGAAUUUCUUAGCGUUACAAAAACCAAGUUUACUGGUACUCUUCCUACUUCAAUCUCUAAACUAAAAAAUCUUACCUAUUUAGAUUUUUCCUACAACCAAUUUAACGGUGAAUUCCCUACGUUUCUCCAAAAUCUAACCAAGUUGACAAUAUUAUGGUUGGGAGGGAACCAGCUAACAGGUCAAAUCCCAUCUUGGAUUGGAAAUCUUACAAGCUUAAAUGUUUUAAGCUUCGCAAAAAAUAAGCUGUCCGGUCCUUUACCGCCAUCACUGUCUAGAUUAACAAAUCUCCGAACUCUGAAUCUUUUCGAGAAUGAAUUGAAUGGUACUGUGGAUUUCAGCUUGUUUCUUAACAUGACUUAUCUGGUCGAACUACGACUUGAUGAUAAUAAUUUGACGGUGACCACCAGAGAAACGGAGGACAUGAAUAUGACUAAUAAGUUUGAGAUCUUGGGAUUGAACAUGUGCAAUUUAAACCAUUUUCCAAAUUUCUUGAGGUACCAAGAUAGACUAAGGUAUUUGGAUCUUGGAGGAAACAAUAUUCAUGGCUCAAUACCCAAGUGGAUAUGGAAUUCAAGCGUUGAAACGAUGGCGUAUUUGGCUCUUAAUGAUAACUUAUUAACGAGCCUUGAAGUAGCAGACAACAACAACAUGAACAACGCAUCAUCACCACAAAGUGAUGACAAGGAAUUUCCCUUGUUUUGUAACCUCAAGUCUCUUCAACUUCUUGAUCUUUCGAACAACUUGUUCAGUGGGUUAACACUUCCAAAAUGUAUGGAGAAUCCAAACAACUUGCUGGCAGUACUCAACAUCAAAAACAACCACUUCCACGGUACUAUUCCUCAACUAUGCUCAAACGAGGGAAGAAACUCGUUCAAAAUGGUUGAUAUAAGCUACAAUCAAUUCGAGGGACCGAUCCCAAGAUCAAUGGCCAAAUGUUUAAGACUUGAAAGUCUUAACAUGGGAGACAACCAACUCUUUGAUGUUUUCCCAUCAUGGCUAGGGACUCUACCAAACUUAAGACUACUCAUACUACGAUCCAAUCGCCUUCAUGGGAUCAUAACCAAUCCAGUUUCAAGCUUCGAAUUCCAAAAUCUUCGCGUUAUUGAUCUUUCUCAUAACAAUUUCACAGGCCAGUUUCCAUCCAAGUACUUGGAAAACUGGAACGCCAUGAAAGUAAUCGAGUCAAGCACGUCGUACAUGAAAACAGAAUCGAGUUUUGAAGCUGUUAGACGGACAUGGAUGUUGGAGUACACGUACUCCACCAGCAUAACAAUGAAAGGUAGCGAAGUACCUUAUGGGAAGAUCCAAGAAGUACUUGUGGUGAUAGACUUGUCUAGCAAUAGAUUUGAAGGAAAGAUUAGUGAGGCAAUUGGAAGCUUACAAGGGCUUAGAGUUCUCAACCUUUCAAACAACGUUCUCUGGGGAGAAAUUCCUUCGUCUUUGGGGAACAUAGCAAGGGUCGAAUCUCUGGAUUUGUCACAAAACCAACUUUCAGGAACAAUCCCUCAGAGCCUUGUUCAGCUCACUUUUCUAGCUUUCUUUAAUGUCUCUCGUAACAAUCUUACGGGACGUAUACCGCGAGGGAAUCAACUCAACACGUUUGAGAACAGUUCGUACAUGGGAAACUUGGGCUUGUGUGGGGAUCCAUUGACUUUGAAGUGUGGAACUAGUUCGAAGGAUAAUUUGAGUGAACCGGAUUUGGAAGUAGAUGAUUCUUCUUCAUUUAUUGACUUUAGUUGGAGAACUGUGGUUGUUGGGUUUGCUGUAGGAGUUAUUGUUGGAGUUAUUAUUGAGAACAAUGUGAAAACCAAGAAGAGAGAAUACUUAUGGUUAUGGAAGAAGUCUAAUUAUAAUCAGAGAAGACUCGUCAGAAAGGUCGAUGAUGAGGAGACUUUAGAACUUAAAUACUAG